AGUACAUAAUUAUGCUUGCGCAAAGUUAAUUGUUUUUAUUUUUUUAAUUUUGUGCAUAUUAAAGCCUUUUGUACAAAUGAUUGAUCAAUGUUUUAGUGAAAUUUGUAGAUAUCAUGCGCAAACUGCAGGUGAUUGAGCUCGGUCGUGCUUCCGACACGAUAUUUGUCAGCUUUGGCAAAUAAGUUUUGAGAACAAUUUCAAACAAACUCGGGCUUUGCAGCAAGCUCCGCGUAUUUUCGUCGCGUUAAGAAGUAAAUACGGGACAAUUAUUGGUUUGUGUUGUUAUAUUCAGUGAUCAACAAGUACCAAACUGUAUUAAUAAUAUGCGCGCCUAUUUCUUCAUACUCCCUAACCUCACUAACCUUGUGUUUUGCUUGUUAAAAGAGCAUACUAAAUAGAGCCCAUUGGAAAAAAGUAGUCAAUAAAGUACUAUUUGCGUUAUAUACUUCAUUUACUAACUGAAUAUCAACUACAUGCUGCCUAAAAAUGGACUUAACUGUUUUUAAAAAAUGUAAAAUCUGAACUUAGGCUACUGUGACUCCAUUGGCUCAUAUAUUCUAGCAUUAUUGUUGUGAUAACUUGUGCUCCUUCUGGCAAAAAAUCAGUGAAUUGUGUAAAAAGUUCGUGAGUUACAUCAAACUGAGUUAUGGUUUUUAUUAAUUAACAUGGAACAAUUUAUCUCCCCCAAUAAAGAUGGAAAAGACAACAACUCCCCACCAAAAGAUAAAUUAUUUGAUCCAUCUAUUGAUAUGCUCGUAAAUGAUUUUGAUGAUGAGCGGACAUUAGAAGAGGAAGAGGCCUUAGCUGCUGGGGAGUCCCAGGAUGCAGAUGCUGAGUUGUCUACACUACAGAAGGAAGGUGAUAUGCCCUUAGAGCAAUUAUUAGCUCUAUACGGUUUUCAAGGAGAGAAUCAGGAAAACGAAGAUCCUGAGCAAAGACCUGAAGCAGAUCAACCGGUUGAGGGAGAUCAACCUACUGAAGACGAUCAACCUGUGGAGGAAGAAGAGGAGCAAGAAGUUGAAGAAAACAGCUCACAAAUGUCGGAACCUGCAGAAGAACUAGAUAGCGUCCCAUCUCCCCCGGAACCAUCAAAAUUGUGUGUUCUAUAUGAGCCGAUGCCUGAUGACCAAGACGAUCCCCGGUUAUUACGUUCUGUCUCAUCCAGAGUGAGCGAAGAGGAAGACGAAGACUAUGAUUAUAGUCCUGAUGAAGAGGACUGGAGAAAAGUUAAUAAGCAAUGUCCAGGGAUCAUUACGUUGAGAGAUGAAGAUGACAAUACAACGGAGUGUGUGUAUCAACCAGUCAGGACCAUCAUGGUAGGUAGUGAUUACCAGGCCCAAAUACCAGAAGGACUUUCUCACUAUGAUGAUGCUCUUCCAUAUGAGAACGAUGAUAAGCUCCUUUGGGACCCCAAUGAUACUCAUUUGGAGGGUAUCGAUGUAUCCGAUUUUCUGCGCAAGGUGUCUUCUAUUAGAACGUCUAAAACAGGUCUACCUCAAGGAGUAAACCUUCGUGACGAUGAGGAGGCGUUGUACAUGCUGCAACAAUGUGGACACAACGUUGAGGAAGCAUUACGCCGUUUAAAAAUGGCCGCACCCGCAGUUGCUCCCGAAAAGAAAAAGAAAGAGAGUCUUUGGUCCGAAGAAGAAUGUAAAAAUUUCGAAGCUGGUGUAAGAGCGUAUGGAAAGAAUUUCCAUAGAAUACAACAAGAAAAGGUACGCACACGAUCAGUCGGAGAACUCGUUCAGUUUUACUACCUGUGGAAAAAAUCCGAACGACAUGACAUAUUCGCCAACCGAACAAGACUGGAAAAGAAGAAAUAUGUUCUCCAUCCUGGAAUCACCGAUUUCAUGGACCGGUUUCUGGAAGACCAGGAUAGCCGCGACAGAAGUGAUUCACCACCAACUCCCGCCUGCAGCACUUCUGCCGCUGUCAGACAGCCCCCACCACCCCCACCCCCAGAUACCUGAUCUUUAUUAUAUAGUUAUUGGCUAUAUAAGAAUAGAAAGUAGCCGCCAGUUUGAGGCAAUGCUACAAAAUUUUAAAGUUUUAGUUAACCACGUUUGUUUAGUCUAUUAAUAAGCCAUUUUGUGAAUGAUUGACAUUUACUUCGAUUAAAUUUGUUCAUUUAGCCAUUCAUUUUAUAGAAUAACAACAUGUGUAUUAAGUUGUUUAGGGUGAGUCAGAUACGAUGCAUACAAACAAGCGUACAUUGCAAAUUACCCCUAUUUCUGUUAUCUUACUCCAAUUAUCGUAGUGACAAGGCAAACGUCAAAAGAACGUUGCCACUUGAUAUGUGAUUUUCCCGUUCCAAUAUAUAAUUUAAGACAUAUAUUUCAUGUGAGUUUCAUAUUGCUUUGUAUGCAUCGUAAUACGCUUUUUGUAAUGCUUUCAAUGUUCUGUAUAACUGUUCAGUCUACCGUGAGACGCCCCCAUUUACCAUAAUGUACCGUAUAACGUUCUUAUAGAUAUCGAUAUGUUCGUAAGUAACAAUUUAAAUGGACGUACCGUAUGACAAUCUUAAAUAACACUGUCAAUGUUCCGUGCGAAACGUGUUUUAUUUGAUAUGCCAUGAGAUAUCCCUAUUAACAAUGUACCGUAUUAUGUUCUUAGGCGACUGUUUCAAUGUUUUUUUAAUGUUUCAUGUUUCCAAUAAUAUAGUGUGACGUUCUUAUACUACAGUGUAAAUGUACGGUAUGGCAAUCUUAUGUUAACUGUGUCAAUGUUCCGUGAGAUUUUAUCGUGUUUACUUUCAAUAUAUAGUGUGACGUCUCUAUUUACUUAAACAUUUAAUGUUCUGUUCGAAUUGUUCGAUAUUGUCUGCUAAUAAACUGUGUGGCAUAUAUGUGCUGUGUGUGCUUAUAUGUAACAGUUUAAAUGUACCGUAUGACAAUAUUCUGUAACACAGUCAAUGUUCUGUGUGACUUUUUCGUGUUUUCCUCCAAUGUUCGAUAACGAUUUUAAUGUUCUGUUUAAAUUUUCUCAUAUUGCCUGUCAAUUGAUUGUGUGACGUCACAUGUACUAAUUUAAAUAUGUACUGUAUGACAGUAUUAUAUAACAUUUUAAAUGUUAUGUGUGCCUUUCCCUUGUUUACUUUCUCCUUGUUAUUCUUUCAUAACCACUUCAAUGUUCUGUUUGAAUUUUCCCAUAUUGUAUGCAAAUAAACUGUGUGGUGUUAUAUGUAACAGCUUUAAUAUACCGUGUGACAUUCUUAUGUAACACUGUCAAUGUUCCGUGAGAUUUCCCCUUGUUUACUGUCAAUAUGUAGUAUGACGUCCCUAUGAACUUAAAGGUUUUAAUGUUCUGUUUGAAUUUUCUCGGUAUUGUCUGCUAGUAAACUGUGUGACGUUAGGUAUAUGUGUCAGUUUUGAUGUACCGUAUGACAAUAUUAUGUAACAUUGUCAAUGUUCCGUGUGACUUUUUCAUGUUUCCCUCCAAUAUAACAUGUGGCGUCAUUAUUUUCAACUUUUAAAGGAUCGUGUAACCUUUUUUUGGUUUCAAUGUUUUUUUUUAAUUUUUCCAUAUUACAUCUUAAUUAACUGUGUGACGUCACGUGUAACAAUUCAAAUGUACCAUAUUACAUUAUUACAUAACACUUUGAAUGUUCUGUGUGACUUCCCCUUGUGUACUUUUCCCACGUUAUUUUUUCGUAACGAUUUCAAUGUUCUGUUUGAAUUUUCCCAUAUUGUCUGCCAAUAAACUGUGUGACGUUAUAUGUAACAGUUUAAAUGUGCCGUAUGACAAUCUUCUGUUUAAAUUUUUUCAUAUUGCCUGUCAAUUGAUUGUGUGACGUCACAUGUACUAAUUUAAAUGUACUGUAUGACAGUAUUAUAAUAAUAUAACAUUUUAAAUGUUCUGUGUGCCUUCCCCUUGUUUACUUUCUCCUUGUUAUUUGUUAUUCUUUCAUAACCACUUCAAUGUUUCAAUGUUCCGUUUGAAUUUUCCCAUAUUGUCUGCAAAUAAACGGUGUGGCGUUAUAUGUAACAGCUUUAAUAUACCGUGUUACAAUCUUAUGUAACACUGUCAAUGUUCCGUGAGAUUUCCCCUUGUUUAUUUUCAGUAUGUCGUAUGACGUCCCUAUUAACUUAAAGGUUUUAAUGUUCUGUUUGAAUUUUCUCCGUAUUGUCUGCUAAUAAACUGUGUGACGUAUAUGAGUUUUGAUGUACCGUAUGACAAUAUUAUGUAACACUGUCAAUGUUCCGUGUGACUUUUUCGUGUGUCCCUCCAAUAUAACAUGUGGCGUCAUUAUUUUCAACUUUUAAAGGAUCGUGUAACCUUUUUUCGCAACGGUUUUAAUGCUUUUUUAAAAUUUUUCCCACAUUACAUCUUAAUUAACUGUGUGACGUCACAUGUAACAAUUUAAGUGUACCAUAUUACAAUAUUACAUAACACUUUGAAUGUUCUGUGUGAUUUCCACUUGUGUACUUUUCCCACGUUAUUUUUUCGUAACGAUUUCAAUGUUCUGUUUGAAUUUUCCCAUAUUGUCUGCCAUUAAACUGUGUGACUUUAUAUGUAACAGUUUAAAUGUGCCGUAUGACAAUCUUCCGUUUAAAUUUUUUCAUAUUGCCUGUGAAUUGAUUGUGUGACGUCACAUGUACUAAUUUAAAUGUACUGUGUGACAGUAUUAUAAUAAUAUAACAUUUUAAAUGUUCUGUGUGCCUUCCCCUUGUUUACUUUCUCCUUGUUAUUUGUUAUUCUUUCAUAACCACUUCAGUGUUUCAAUGUUCCGUUUGAAUUUUCCCAUAUUGUCUGCAAAUAAACUGUGUGGCGUUAUAUGUAACAGUUUUAAUAUACCGUGUUACAAUCUUAUGUAACACUGUCAAUGUUCCGUGAGAUUUCCCUUUGUUUACUUCCAAUAUGUCGUAUGACGUCCCUAUUAACUUAAAGUUUUUAAUGUUCUGUUUGAAUUUUCUCCGUAUUUUCCGCUAAUAAACUGUGACGUUAUAUGUAUCAGUUUUGAUGUACCGUAUGACAAUAUUAUGUAACACUGUCAAUGUUCCGUGUGACUUUUUCGUGUGUCCCUCCAAUAUAACAUGUGGCGUCAUUAUUUUCAAUAAAGGAUCGUGUAACCAUUUUUCGUAACGGUUUUAAUGCUUUUUUAAAAUUUUUCCCACAUUACAUCUUAAUUAACUGUGUGACGUCAAAUGUAACAAUUUAAGUGUACCAUACUACAAUAUUACAUAACACUGAAUGUUCUGUGUGAUUUCCACUUGUGUACUUUUCCCACGUUAUUUUUUCGUAACGAUUCCAAUGUUCUGUUUGAAUUUUCCCAUAUUAUCUGCCAUUAAACUGUGUGACGUUAUAUGUAACAGUUUAAAUGUGCCGUGUGACAAUCUUAUGUAACACUCAAUGUUCCGUGCGAUUUCCUCGUAUGACGUCCCUUUUGAUUAAAGCUUUUAAUGUUCUGUUUUAAUUGUUCCAUAUUGUCUGCUAAUAAACUGCGUGGCGUUUAUGUAACAGUUUGAAUGUACCGUUUGACAAUAUUAUGUAACACUUUCAAUGUUCCGUGUGGCUUCUCCGUGUUCCCCUCCCCCCCAAUAUAACGUGUGGCGUCGUUAUUUACAAUUUUUAAACGAUCGUCUAACCUUUUUUCGUGACGAUUUCAAUGUUCUGUUUAAAUUUUCUCAUAUUGUGUCAAUUUACUGUGUGACGCCACGUGUAAUAAUUAAAACGUGCCGCAUGACAAUAUUAUAUAUCACUUAAAUGUUCUGUGUGACUUCCCUUUGUUUAGUUUCAAUAUACCGGGUGAAGUUACUAAAUACAACUUUUAAUGUAUGUUAAUUAGCGUUAUUAUGUUCAAUGUUCUGUUUAACUUUCUAAUGUUUUCAUUUAAUACAUCAUGUGAACUUCUUAUGUAAAAUGUUCUGCAGAACUUUAUCUUGUUAAAAACCCUGUACCGGAUAAUUAUCAUCACUUAGUUCCCUAUGUAUCAAUUCUAAAAUGCAUAGGUACUCGAAUAUACAAAAACUCUCGUGAUAUUACUAGAGAGACUUAGUUCUGGUGAAAACAUUGGAUUUCUGCUAGUACUACACUCGAGACAAUAAAACUAAAGGUCUUUGAGUUCAUUGUAACGCCCACAUACACCCUUCUAUGAGAAUUGUUAGUAAAUAAAAACAAUAAUGGAUAAGUAAAAUAAAAUAUAUCCACAAAAUGGUUUAAA